AUUAAAUAGAAGGAAAUUAACAAAAAGUGGGGGUUAAAUCACUCUUCCAACUUUUCUUUUUUUAUUUUGCGUCGUCUGAUUUCAUUCUCCUUUUGCGUUCUUCUAUAUAUCGGCAGAGGCACCGAACCAAGGGAAAGAAGAAGAAGAAGAAGAAGAAAUGAGAGAGAAAGAGAUGAAUAGGCUAAGAGCGAUAUGGAGAGAGGAGGAGAAGAAGAGGGAGAGAGAGAAGUGGGAGAGGGAGAGAGAAGGAAGAUCACAUGAGUCUCCAACAAUGCCUGUGAAGAAGCAAGGGGAUGGUGGAGACCAACAACAACAACUCGACCGAUUUGACCCGGAAGCUGAAGAGAAAAACGAACCAGAGGAUCUACAAGAGACGACGGUUGAGAAGAAAGACGACGAACAAGAAGAAGUGAAACGCGACGAAGCAGAGAAGGAGGAAGAAGCAGUAGAAGAAGAAGAAGAAGAGGAGGAGGAGGAAGUAGUAGUAGAAGAAGAAGAAGAAGAAGAAGAAGAAGAAGAAGAAGAAGAAGAAGAUGGUGAUGAAGAACCAGAAGAAGAUUCUAAGGAGAAAAGUCCAUCAGGAGACAAAUCAGAGUUUAUGGAAAUUGAUCUAGGGGAAAUCCGUAAAGACGUCCAGUGUCCUAUUUGCUUAGGAAUUAUAAAGAAAACAAGGACUGUGAUGGAGUGCCUGCACCGGUUCUGUCGGGAAUGUAUUGAUAAGUCCAUGAGAUUAGGGAACAACGAAUGUCCUGCUUGCAGGAAACACUGUGCAAGCCGUCGUUCUCUUAGAGACGAUCCAAAGUUUGAUGCUCUUAUUGCAGCUUUGUUCACUAAUAUUGAUAGCUAUGAGGAAGAGGAAUUCAUUUUUCACGAAGAUGACAAGGCUCGUAACAAGCAGAUUCAAGCAUCCAUAGCUGAAAUAUCGCAAAGACAAUCUGAGGCUCUUGUGAAAAGAAAAUCUUUUGGUAAAGAGGCAGCUGUUUUAAUGAGAUCACAGCGUAGUGGUAGUGGCUCCAGGAGGAGAAGGAACUGCAGAAACACGGAACACAACGCUGAUGAAGCCCAUGACGACGAUGAUAAUAAUGAAGAUAACAACAACGGAGAAGGCAGAGAUUCGUCUUCAGAUGAGCGUGGUCCAGAAGUCCGGGUGAGAAAACGUAGGAAACGGUCUGCAAGUCGUUCAACACAGCACCCUUCUUCUGCAGGUGCAAACAACAACAAUGGUAACUGCGGAGAUAACGAUACAGAAGUGUAUAGAGACAGCAGCAAAGGGGUAUCUCCGGGGCUUGUGUGGAAUCCGGAGAUGCUUGCUUGGGGAAGAAGUGCUACAAGGAGUAACCCAAGGCAUGAGAAUAAUACAGCAGGAGGUAGUAGUAAGAGUGUGAGGAAUGCUCGCGUUAGUAGACUUGUGGAGUAUCUACGCAGUAGCGUAGAUGGAAAGAGUGUUGAGGUGGAUAUUCAUGUCAAGCUUGUUUCACUGGAUACCAAAUGUGUACCAGACUUACCACAGCCAUAUCUCUGUUGCAGACCCACCUUCCUUGUGAAACAACUUCGUGAAUUUGUGGCACUUGAGAUGCAUUUGAAAACUGAAGAUGUUGAAUUGUUGUUGGUAAAAAAAGGAUUGGGAGGAGAAGAUAAGACUGUAGAGAAUCUUCCUGUAAUGGCUUCAGCUUCAGCAGCAUCAUCCAAAGAUGAGAUGAAAAGUCUGGAAGACAAUGAAACAUUGUCGAAGCUCAAAACCGAUUUCAAUUCAAGCCAGGAACAACAUUUGACCAUAGCUUACAGGCAGAAGCAAACCGAGUGAAGAAACUUAAAGUCUGAAGUACGUGCUGCAAAACAUCAACGUAUAUAUAAAGACGGGUCAAGGAUUAUAUAUCCCAGUUGGUUUUUGAUUUAAGUAGCUAAUCUCUAUGGAGUUUUACAUUUGUGACUUUUUUUCCCUUAUUGUAGACGAUGUUUAAUAUUUACGGAGCUAGUUCUUACAAGGGAAAUCUUUCUUUUUUACUCUGUAUAUCAGUGGGAACACAGGAAGAUUGCUGUGGUUUAAGCGUGUUCUUGAACAGUAGUUUUCUGCUGAUGCGUAAUCUUUUUU